UUCGGUAUAUAUGUAUAUUUUUCAUGAAGUUAACAUGAUAACCUUGUUAUUAGCAGUACUGUGCUAACACCACAGCAGUCUGUCCGGCAUUUCACUCGUGAGAACGGUGUGCGUGGAGUUUCACUGCGCUUCAGUCUAAAACUAUCAGUAUUUUACUCUCUGCUGAUCUCUAAGCUGUUCAAUAACGGUUUAUUUACACGCUAACCAGUGCAAUGCAGAACCUCAGACACUGCAAAGGUUUUGCCCAUGUUUUAUUUCACAUUUCUCCAAGGCAGCUAAAGAGCCCCAUCCCUGCAGUAUCUGCGUGGUCAAGAUUUCUCUCUCUGCAUUCGAGGAGCAGUAACCAAGAUCAGCACUACUCCAGAUUUAGAGGAUCGAGGUCCAGAUAUGCAUUAACUGGCCUGUUAGCUGGAACUGGAGCUGCACUUGCUUAUGGACUCCAUCACAAUAAGGCUGAGCAACCAGUGGUUCCAGUGACUCAGACAAAUUCUCUACCAGUUUAUAGCCAGGAAGAAGUUAGAAAACACUGCUCCAUUGAAAAGGGUGUAUGGGUUACGUACAAAGGAGACAUAUAUGAUAUCACUGACUUCGUGGCCAUCCAUCCUGGCGGUGACAAAAUCCUUCUAGCUGCGGGUAAGGCUUUAGAACCCUUUUGGGAACUUUAUGCCGUUCAUGGGCAAGAGCAUGUUCUGGAAAUUCUGUCCGAGUAUAAAGUUGGCAUUCUUCAAGCAGAGGACCACAUGAAGGAGGAUGUUAAAUCUGUAGAUCCUUAUUCUACUGACCCUGAUCGUCAUCCUGCUCUCAUUGUGAACAGUUUAAAACCCUUUAAUGCUGAACCACCACCUGCCCUUCUUACAGAUAGUUACGUCACCCCUUCUGCCCUCUUUUUCAAGCGAAACCACCUUCCUGUUCCCCGUGUGGAUCCUGAAACAUACAGGCUGAAAAUUGAGGGCCUCCCUGGAGGUACUGUGUCUCUAACUUUGGAUGAUCUUAAGUUGCGUUUUCCUAAACAUACAGUAAUGGCAACGAUCCAGUGUGCUGGGAACCGUCGUUCUGAGAUGAACAAAGUAAAGCAGGUUAAAGGUCUAAACUGGGGAAUUGCAACAAUUGGUAAUGCUACAUGGUCAGGUGUUUAUCUAAGAGAUGUCCUGUACCAUUACGGCUUUAGCCCAGAAGUGGCAGCUAAAGCGCAACACAUGCAGUUUGAAGGUUUAGACACUGAUAUAACAGGUACAGCAUAUGGAGCAUCAAUUCCAUUAAACAAGGCCAUGAGUGAAGAGGGAGAUGUCCUGUUAGCAUAUGAAAUGAACGGCGAGGAUCUCCCAGCGGAUCAUGGCUUCCCAGUCCGUGUCAUUGUUCCUGGAAUUGUUGGAGCCCGAAACAUCAAGUGGCUCAGCAAGAUAAUCAUUAGCGACAAGGAAAGCCAGAGUCACUGGCAGCAGAAUGACUACAAAGGCUUUUCACCAAACACUGAUUGGGACACAGUGGACUUUAAAUCAGCUCCCGCUAUCCAGGAGCUUCCUGUUCAGUCAGCCAUCACAAAUCUGGCCGAUGGCUCCUCAGUAGACCGAGAUAUGGAGGACGUGACCGUUAAAGGUUAUGCCUGGAGCGGUGGAGGGAGGGAGGUGGUGAGGGUUGACGUCUCAUUGGAUGGAGGGAAGACAUGGCAUGUAGCCAAACUUCAAGGCGGUGAGGAAGGAGAAACUUCUGCACCUUCUCCUCCACCUGGUCGAGCUUGGGCCUGGAAACUUUGGGAAAUAACAAUUCCGUUACCAGACGGCGCUCAGGAGCUGGAGGUUGUUUGCAAAGCAGUUGACAGUAGUUACAAUACCCAACCAGACACUGUGCAACCUAUUUGGAACUUGAGAGGGGUUCUUAGCAACGCUUGGCAUCGAGUCAGGGUGAAAGUAAAAUGAGGAUGAAUUUGGAUGAAAACCUAAAGUGAACCUUUUAUUCAGGAAAACAAACGCCCCAUGUUACUUGACUCUAAAUGUUGGUGGUCCACUAUGGCAGCUUGAAGUGCUGAUUUUAGCUUAGUAAUAACAUCAUACAAUGAAUAGGCCACAAAGCUGGAGGUUUUGAGUUUACAACUAACAUUACAGUCACAACUUUAUAUAUUUUGUGUUGACUGUUUUAGAGUAGGAUAUCUUAUUUCCUUUGCUUCUUGCCUCAUUUUUCAGCUUAUCUUUGCCAGUUUUCUUCAUAUGCAUCUGUACGGUACAUUUAAGGCUUUUGUACGUAACUGUCAGCUCUUUGCUAGUGACAGGAAGGCUAUCUAAAUAGCUACUGCAUAAAACUCGACGAAAUCCUUCUCACUUGUGUUUAAAUGGCAUUCAACCUCCCUUCUAAAUCACCUAAUGUGUUUCCCAAAUAUAAAUGUCAAGUGAAAUUGGCCAUCUCUGCAGAAUACGGAAAUAAAUGUUUAUAGCAUA